CCGGGAAAGGAGUCCGGGGCAGUCCGAUCGAGGGCAAAGGUAGAUGCUCGGUGAUCGGGCUCUUGGGAAACAUGUCGGCGGAAGAGAAGAAGCCCGGCCCGCGGCAGCCGCAGGCAAUCAAUCCUGUCAAGAAUUUCUUCGCCGGAGGUUUUGGCGGGGUGUGCCUGGUGUUUGCUGGGCACCCGCUGGACACGAUCAAGGUUCGGUUACAGACACAACCAAAGCCUCUUCCUGGCCAAGCUCCCAUAUUCAAAGGAACCAUUGACUGCUUCUACAAAACACUAAUUGGAGAGGGUGUUCGAGGUUUAUAUAAAGGAAUGGCUGCCCCAAUUGUUGGUGUUGCACCUAUGUUUGCAGUGUGUUUCUUUGGUUUUGGCUUGGGUAAGAAACUACAGCAGAAGCAUCCUGAAGAUGUCCUCACGUAUCCGCAGUUGUUUGCUGCAGGGAUGCUGUCUGGGGUCUUCACCACUGCAAUCAUGGCACCAGGAGAAAGGAUCAAAUGCCUUUUACAGAUUCAGGCAACAACUGGUGAAAAGAAGUAUGCAGGCCCUUUGGAUUGUGUGAAACAGAUCUACAAAACAUCUGGCAUUCGGGGCGUCUACAAGGGAACUGCUCUCACCCUCAUGAGAGAUAUCCCUGCAAGUGGAAUGUACUUCAUGACUUAUGAAUGGCUGAAACAUACGCUUACUCCCGAGGGACAAAGGAUGAAUAUCGAGAUCCCCCCCGGGCUGACAGACCUGCUGCAGGGCUACACGGUGGAGGUGCUCCGGAACCGGCCCUCCGACCUGGUGGAGUUCGCCAUCGAGUACUUUACUGAGCUGAAAGAGAAGGAGGAGCAGGCCGGCGGCAGGCGCCGGUUCAACAAUGACGACCCCAUGCAGACCGAGUCUAACGGCGACGAUGGUUCAGAGUCUGAUUCGGAAUCAGACUUUGAAGAACCAAUUAUUAACAGAUUAAACAGAAGGGUUUCAGUUUGUGCAGAAGCUUUCAACCCAGAUGAUGAUGAUGAGGAGGAUACAGAACCAAGGGUUGUUUACCCAAAAACAGAUGAUCAACGAGCUAGAUUACAGGAAGCCUGUAAGGAUAUUGUUCUGUUCAAAAAUCUUGACCAGGAACAAAUAUACGAAAUCCUUGAUGCAAUGUUUGAGAGGAAAGUUGAAACUUCUGAGCACGUCAUUGACCAAGAUGAUGAUGGAGACAAUUUCUAUGUAAUUGAACGAGGUACAUAUGAUAUUUAUGUCAAUAAAGAUGGGAAGCCUCUACUCGUUGGUAAAUACGACAAUCAUGGCAGCUUCGGUGAGCUGGCACUAAUGUACAACACUCCAAGAGCUGCUACUAUUGUGGCUACCACAGAAGGAGCCCUCUGGGGUUUGGAUCGCGUCACGUUUCGACGAAUAAUUGUGAAAAACAAUGCAAAAAGGAGGAGGACAUAUGAAACAUUCAUUGAAUCAGUACCACUGUUGAAAUCCCUGGAGCUUUCAGAAAGAAUGAAGAUUGUCGAUGUACUAGGAGUGCGGACAUAUCAGGACAAUGAACUUAUCAUUGCACAGGGUGAUAAAGCCGACUGUUUCUUCAUUGUAGAAUCGGGUGAAGUGAAGAUCAUGAUCAAGAGCAAAACAUUGGCAAGUCAACAGGAUAAGACAGAAGUAGAGAUUGCCAGGUGUACCAAGGGGCAGUAUUUUGGAGAGCUAGCACUGGUUACCAACAAACCCAGAGCAGCUUCAGCAUAUGCUGUUGGAGAAGUCAAGUGCUUAGUGAUGGAUAUUCAAGCAUUUGAAAGAUUGUUAGGCCCUUGCAUGGACAUCAUGAAGAGAAAUAUAGUGAAUUAUGAAGAACAACUUGUCUCCUUGUUUGGCACCAGUUUGGACUUGGAGAAUCCUGGUAUAUAGGCACAUUGUCAUUCAGUGCCUUCUCACAUUGAUGAAAACAAAGUAAAAAUUGUCCACACACAAAUAAAACUCCCCACUGAAAAAAAAAACGCAGUAUAUGGGCAAAGUAGCAUUUUCUGGCUCUUUGCAUCCCAUGGGGUAGACACCAUGUAAUGCAGAAAUACAUUACUGGCCAUACAGGGAUGGGAAAAUAAGUGGCAUAUGUUUGUUUCUGUUUUGUUAUCUGCCUUCUUGAGUUUAAAAGCAUUUAUUCUGUUUCUUAAUUUUUCUUUCAACACCAAACAAAAUGUUGGUUUAUGAAUUAUCAAAAUGAACAACAAAGACAAAUACUAAAUGUAACUUUUGAUAAGAUGAUAUUGAUGACAUUCAGUGUUUCUUUGUUACUUAUUUAAAUAGGUGACCAGUUCUUGCCAAAAAAAUCUCCAAAAAAAAUGUUGUAAAGCUUUGAUUGCUUCUGUGGUUUCACCACUGAGUUUUACAUUGAAAAGUAUCUGGGAUAGGUUUUAAUAUUUCAUAUAAACCUUUAAAGAUUCCUGAAUUGUGUUAAUCGUAGACCACAAUAGCUGUUUUUUUAAAUCAAGGGGUUUCUAAAAUGCAACAUGUGCAUCCACCAUGGGAAUUCAGCAUGGUUCAGGUCCAAAGUCUGAAGAUCAUCAGAUCCUCUGGAUUAUUUCAAGAUCAACAAAGUGGCAAAAUUGUCAAUUUGCAGAAUUAGAACAACACAACUGGAAAAGCAAGUCUCUAGUUUGUUGCUCCAAUGUGGUUAAUAACACUGAUGUGUUCGAAAAGCAGUGCUAUUCCUGUCUGUGCUUUUUUUUGUGAAACCUCGCCAGGGUAAUACACACUGCCAUUUGCUGUAACUCUUCUCAUCCCACCAGCCACCGACCCACACUUUUUUAUUGAGGUUUUUCAGCUGGCUCGGGUUGAAUUGUGUUUUUUUUUUAAAUGAAAGGGCCUUCUCAAGCACAGUGGUCACCUGAUAUACCUUGUGCAUGUCGCUUGUGACUGCCACAGCUUGCAGUUUGCACUAUUAGACAAUUUCUACAAGAUGACAAAAUGUGUGCUUUUGGUCUUUUACUUCUACUUUGUUAUUAAUAUUUGAGUUGUCUUUUUCUUUCCCCUUGUACAAUGCUUCCUGUAUGUAUAUGUCAGGGGGAAAGAGAUUCAGUUCACCAGACAGAUUUUCUGGAAUUGGCAUGAUUCUAUGAUGCAGGAAUCAUCUCUGCCCAAUUACUUUCCCUGUCUUUCUUUUUCUGUAGCACAAGCCACUCCUUGAUCUAUACGCACCCUUCAGGGAAAUGUUGAGCAGACUAGUUGAGGCUAGCAUUGAGAUGGCAUAUUUCUAACAUAGAACUCAGUCUGAUAUUUAAAAGCCAUGGCAUGAUGAGCUGUAAUUAGGAAAAGCUGUUGAGGAUUUAUUGCGCGACCAGAUCCAUUAACAGCUCUGUGCCACAGGACAGGAGUACCUGCAGUAAUUGAAUCAUGAAAAUGGUUAUUGCUGUUAAUGGAAUUUUUUUAAAUUAAUGUGGUUUAACAAACUACAGUAGAGUGAUUGUAGCCACUAUUAUAUUCAGGAUCACAUGAUUUAUUUAAACUUCAAUUGCAGAAGUUUCUAGAUCUAAAGUUUAGAAAAAUGAUUUCAAGUAACUUUUUAUGUUGUGUAUAUUUCAUCGACAAACCUGUUCACCCUGCAAUAAAUCUGAAAUAUUGCCAUGUUUUUCUAAACAGAGCACAGUUCUGAUAGACUCAGAAAUAUUGGUAAAAAAGCAAGAAACUGCUGUGAAAAUUUACCAAACUCUUUUGUUUCUUGUAAUCCUAAUUGCAUAGUAAGCACUUGACACCCUGUUUCUGGGUAUAACUGUCUAUUCUGUGUUGAAUCAAUUCAUCUGCACCUGCUUGCUGCUGGAGGUAUCAUUAGCAAGAGCCCAGAAACCCUGGGUUAGAUGGAGGUGAGCCGGCUAUUGUUCUCACUUCGUUGCCAACUAGCUAAGCAUUGGAUUUUCAUGUGCUUGACAGAGUCAUGCCUCCUGUUAGCAUUGAUUGCUGAGAAUGGUGCAUGAUGAAUUGCCUCAAGGUUAUGGUCCUGUGGGAUCCUGUCAAGGAGUUGGUAUCUUCAGAUAAAGAGCAGGAGAAAGCAGGCAGGGGAACAUGAAUGAAAAUUAAAAGUCUAUUUAGUUUUGAAAGAGCUUGCUUUAGUAAUUCAUUUUCACUUUUGUGCAAGUUUGUAUUCUCAUCAUUUCACUUAGAUAUACACCUACUGUAUUUUCAAAUGAACUUAACUGGGGUCUGACAAUGUGACCAAUAUGGAGCAGACACAGGACAUGAUAUGCUGGUCAGGCCUGAUUGUGAAGUGCUGGAUGAGAUGGAUAAUGCAAGGUCACCUUAGCAGUUUUGGGUUUUUCUAUAAAAUGGCAUGUCAUACAUGCUGCACCAGGAGAUUUCUGACACUGGCAGUUCAUUGUGAUGUUGGUGAUUUGAAGAUAUCAUUAUUCCUCAAGACAGCGUAGGUAUGACAUGGUCAGUUCCAGCAUUGACGUUUUUUUUUAAGGCCAUAGCCUGUUAGUAAGAUUGGACCUCCCCCCACCCCCGAAGGAAUAAAUUAAAGACCGACUAAAUGUAGAACAGCUGUUGAAGCACUCCAACUAACUUGUGAAUAAGUUUCUUGAAUAAAAUUUGGGGCAAUAAUAUGCAUUGUGUCUGUUUGUGUGUGUGCAGGUGGCAAAUGCCCGAUGCAUGUGACUGUAGCAUUUUGCCCUCUUGACCAUUAAUGUACUGCCAGAGAACACUACAGUACUUAACAUUUCAUUCUCUGCUUGUUCCAUCCACUCAAUGUUUGAUCACUGUUCUUCUUUGGAUUACUUGGGUUUUGGUAUUUUAUUGAAAACAGCAUUUUCAUCCACCAAAGUAUGCGGGCUCUUUGUUGAGAAUUUUGUGUUUUACUUUAAUUCAAGCUCGUUUGCAUGGUCCCAAGGCUGCUUUUCUGUGAUUUUUCACUACUUCAUGUGAUACAAAAUUAACAUUCAGCUUGGCAUUCUGACCUCAAAGAGAACAGAGAUGCUGCCAGUUCUGUUGAUGGUGAGCAAUGUGUCUUGCAUUGAAAGGGCUAUCCCAUUAGAAUUUAUUAGCACCUGUUGAUAUUAUAACAGAUGUUCCAACAGUACUCAACUAGAGGAAGAAAAGCAGGCUAUUUUGAAGAAACUUUCAAAGGUCAAUUGACCUUUGCAAUAGAUCCUAGUUUCUCAUUGGCUUCAAGUCUUAUUUUUUUUAACAUGAAACCCUUCAGACGUGAUCUUUCAAACAUCCUGAGGGCUGCCUUCUAAACUUGCUGCCUGUCCCACUUUGUCAUAUUUUCAUGUUCUGACCCUUGCCACAUUUUCAAAGAUACUACAAUGACUACUGUACUUCGUCUAAGGAAGCUCGGACAGUGAACUUGUAGCCUGAUGGCCUAUGGCACCCAUCCCGGCAAAGUCCAGUUUUAUCAUUACCCAGUUGUCCACAUGCACCUUGACAGUAAUUAUUGAUGCUCAACAGCAACAACAAAUUAGAUGGAAAUCAUAUGUUUCCUUUUUAAUUUACACUCCCUAACCCAGUGGCAGCAAAUCUACUUGUCUCACUAAGAAUAAAUCCAAGUACAGAACAGAGCAAACAAACUGCACUCAAGUACUUGCAACAUUAAGAACCAGUGUUGCCCCUAGAGCGCAAUUCCUCGUGCAUCAAAUAAGGGCUUUUCUAAUUUAACUGGGAAUACCCAGUAUAUUUUGAAUCGUGUAAGCAGUCAUUUGGUCUGGUGGCCAAGGCCUGCGAUGUUGUCAUGAAGCUGCAGAAAUGAGUGGAGAAAGCAGUUCAAAAUAGUAAAUAUGGAGUAAAAAGCAGGUAUGCGUCUACCCUCAUACUGGAGUCCCUCUGUUCUGCUUCACUACCAGUUAGUUUGUAUUUCUUUUUCCUGUCCUUAUUUACCAAAAUACAUUUAUUCAUUAUUUUUCAAAGUUGACCAUCUUUCAAAGUUGUCCACUUUUGUGCUUAUACUUUUUUUUUGGCCAAAAUGCUUGAUUUGUUUUCACCCAGUUUUGUAUCAGUAAAUGUCAUUUUCUUUCCUCACUUGUCAGGACCAGGUCAGCAAGUGUAGCAAUACUAACAUUGUUCCCUAUAGAACUCAACUAAUCACUCCUCAAUCUCAUCUCUGUCCAUGUAACCCUUCUGAAGAAGGGUCUAGGUCCGAAACAUUAGCCUUCCUGCUCCUCUGAUGCUGUUUGGCCGGCUGUGUUCAUCCAGCUCUACACAUUGUUAUCUCAGAUUCUCCAGCAUCUGCAGUUCCUACUAUCUCAGAAUUAUCUGUCUAUUUAGGCAGCAUUAUUGACUUGCCCUGAUCAAUAUUUUUUGAAAGCUUAGUCAUUUUAAACCAUAUUUUAAGAUGUGCCUGCAUUACCUUAAUAUUCAACUUGAAAGGCAUUGUUUGUGAAAAUGCCCUAAGGUUGAAUAAAUCACAUCAGAAGAGCAAGUCUGUCUGAUUAAAAUAUUUUUAAAACCACCUAACGUAAUCUGAAGCAUUCAAAUUGGUUUUCCUGAGACUUGUUGAACCAUGGGCUUUGCUGCUGUGUUUUAUGGCUGCUGCCUUUACCAUUGGCCUUUGUGACUUUACUGUUUUGUUACCAUUCUUGAAUUAUUAAAGAUUUUCUAGAGAGACAUGUUUCUUUAGUGGGAAAGGCAUAAAAAGAAUUUCUGGUCAAUUUCAGUGUUUUAUACCAAGAUCUCAUUCUACAUGUAAAGAAAAAAUUAGCAGUUUCAUUUCACCAGUGGAAUUUUAAUUAUUAGACUUGACUGAUUACAGAGGAGCUUUUGUGUUUUACUUAGACUGAAAAACAAAUGCAUACAUAAACUGUUACUGAUCCAAAGUAGUGCACUUUUGGAGCACAGACAUAGGCCAUUCUGGCCCUAAAGCCUGUUCCCUCUAUUCAUAUAUGUCAUUUCUGAUCUGAAACACAUCAAUUCAUACAGCCUCUGGAGGGGCACUCCAGUGGAAUAGUCCCAAUGGAAGGCCUGCACUGAAUCAUUUCAGACUCUGGGUUGCACAUUUUGAAUAUUGCUUUUUAUCUUGUAUUUACUUUUUUUAAUUUUAAACGGGGCAUAAAAGAGUAUAUCAUGCUGUGAUAAACCUACAAACUGCAGCCCUGAGAAGAUGACUUUUUUUUUAAAAAUGAAUUUUUUUGUAAUUCCAAUCUGUCCACUUGUCCUGUUGUAAUUUCAUAAUUUUGUGGCUGCUGCAGAGUUUUAGCAUGUGUCCACACUAUGUAAAGGGAAGAAAUUUGAAACAUUAUGAUGCGAAGCAAGUGUUUUAAUAAGGGUUAUGCAUCACUAUGCUAUGAAUGUUGUUAUUGAGAAGUAUUGCCCUCUGUUUUAGGGAGGUACAACACUCUUGUAUAUGUUUUGUAUUUAAAUGAUUCGUGCACAGUGGCAUGCCCUGUAUGGAUCAAGGGGAUAAAUCACUUAAAAAAGAAAUGCACCAUCAGUGGAAUACUGCCUCUGCUGCAUUGCUUGCACAACCCAUCCUGAUGAUUCAAGUAAGCAGGAAUGGGUGUCAUAUUCUGAAUGUUGUAUCAAUCACUUUGCUGUAUUUUUUGAGGUGCAAAAUCACAGUCAGCCUUUCCCAAAGAAGUGAAAAAUGAUUGCUGUUUAGAAAUGCAAACUGUGUGGCCUGAGUAAUUCCCACUUAAUAUAAAGUGAUCUAAAUUGGUGUGGUCAAUAUAAUUUCUGACCCACAAUUGAUAUAUUUUUCAAAUGUUGUUUACUAUGUUAAUACCUUUUGGAAAAGAGUAGGUCUGGUUUGGUGAUCAGCUGACUUCUGUCAGGGGAUUUAAAUUCUACUUGCACCAAAACUAUCUUAUUUUGCAUGUUGACUUUGAUACAGUUCUGUUGUAUGUCUGUUGGAUUUAAAGUAUCCAUGUUCAUGAUGUCCAACAAGUCUUACAGGGACCUGCAGGCCUGAAGAAAGGUUCUUGACUUUCUGCUUGAAGUAUCCAUCUCUUAGCCAAGAAAUGAUUACAGUCACAACAAUGACUUCAUUUUCUUCUGGAGCCCCCUCCCCACCUGAACGUAUCUUUUUUGGGAAGUUGUCUUUGCAGUAUUAAGAUUAAUCAAUUAAAAAUAAAAAUGAAAUUCUAAA